UCACUUUCCUCUUCCCUUCCUCCAUUUUCCUCCGACUCAUAUAUACCUCUGAACCCCUUCAGUCUUCUCUUCACAAAAAACUAAACAUAACAACCUAUUCUUUCAACUAAUUCAAUAUCCUCUUUUAUUUCUUCAACUUUCUACAAGAAACAAACUUUAUCCAUCUCUAAGGAAUUGAUGUGCAGUAGUUCAAAGAGUAAAGUUUGUCCUUUUGAUUUAAACAUGGAUAAGAAAGAUGGGGCUAGUAGAAAUUGCUCUAAAUUGCUUGAAUUGUCAGCUUCAGAUGAUCUUUCUGGCUUCAUAUGUGAAGUGGAGAAGGGUUGUGGUGUUGAUGAGUUAAGCUUUUGGUAUGGUAGAAAAUUCGGUUCGAAAAAGAUGGGUUUUGAAGAGAGAACUCCUUUAAUGAUUGCUUCUAUGUAUGGAAGUACUGAGGUUUUGAGGUUUAUUAUUGGAACUGGGAAAGUUGAUGUUAACAGAGCUUGUGGAUCUGAUGGUGCAACUGCUCUUCACUGUGCUGCAGCUGGUGGAUCUGAAUCGUCGAUUGAGGUCGUUAAGAUCUUGAUUGAUGCUUCGGCGGAUGUUAAUGCUUGUGAUUCAAGUGAAAACAGGCCAUGUGAAGUGAUUGCUUCUUACCCUAAGUGGUUGAGGAAUUCGAAAAGGAAAUCGCUCGAGCUGUUGUUGAAUGGUAGCUUGGCUGAGCUUGCUGAGCUGGAGGAAGAAGAAGGAAAAGCAGUGAUUCAGACAACGAAAGAAGGGAGCGAGAAGAAGGAGUACCCUAUUGAUACUUCCUUGCCGGAUAUAAACGAUGGGAUUUAUGGGAGUGAUGAUUUCAGGAUGUAUUGUUUCAAGGUUAAGCCUUGUUCUAGGGCUUAUUCUCAUGAUUGGACUGAAUGCCCUUUCGUUCAUCCAGGGGAGAACGCGAGGAGGCGUGACCCAAGAAAGUAUAACUAUACUUGUGUCCCGUGUCCUGAGUUCAAGAAAGGUGCCUGUGCAAAAGGUGAUUCUUGUGAGUAUGCUCAUGGUGUAUUUGAGUCAUGGCUUCAUCCUGCCCAAUAUAGAACACGCCUUUGCAAGGACGAGACCGGGUGCUCGAGGAAAGUUUGCUUCUUUGCUCACAAGCAUGAAGAGCUGCGCCCGUUGUAUGCAUCCACUGGUUCAGCUAUUCCUUCCCCAAAGGCUACCCCAGUCAGUUCUAUGGACAUGUCAACAUUGAGUCCUCUGGCGCUCGGUUCGUCUUCCAUGAUGCUGCCUACUACCACUACUUCAACACCUCCGAUGUCUCCUGCUGCUACGUGUUCGUCCCCAAUGGGCGGAAACAUGUGGCAGGGCAAGGUGAAUCUCACCCCGCCUGCAUUACAGCUUCCUGGUAGUAGGCUAAAGACGUCUCUGAACGCCCGAGACUUGGACUUGGAUAUGGAAAUGCUUGGCUUGGAAAGCAUCCGCACACAGCAGCAACUAAGGCAGCAAUUGAUCGAUGAAAUGGCUGGUCUCUCUUCCCCAUCCUAUUGGAAGAACGAUAACAGGAUGGGUGAUAUGAAGCCUACUAAUCUUGAUGAUGUUUUUGGAUCCUUGGAUUCUCAAUUGUUGUCCCAAUUGCAGGGCCUAUCUCCAAGAAUGACAUCAAACACCAAUUCUCAGUUGUAUUCUCCAUCGGUUUCUCAUAUGCAAGGUGUCUCACCUAAGGUGGCAAGUAACACCUCCCAGCUGCAAUCUCCAACCGGGCUUCAGAUGCGGCAAAACAUGAACCAAUUUCAAGGAAGCUAUUCUAACAUGUCUCAAUCAUCAUCUCCCUUGAGAAAGCCUUCGACAUAUGGAUUCGACUCUUCAGCAGCAGUGGCUGCAGCUGUCAUGAACUCAAGGUCUGCUUCUUUUGCAAAGCAGCGCAGCCAGAGUUUUAUUGACCGUAGUGGAAUUGGCCAUCGUUCUGGCCCCAAUGGCGUUGCUAAUUCACCACCUUUGAUGUCAUCUAAUAUGUCGGAUUGGGGCUCCCCGACUGGGAAAUUGGAGUGGGGCUUUAAUAGCGAGGACACGAACAAGCUCAAGAGAUCUCAAUCUUUUGGUUUUCGCGGUGGAAAUGCUGCUCCAACAAGAUCACCAAUCGCACCAUCUCAAGUCAAUGAGCCAGAUGUCUCGUGGGUUCAUUCCUUGGUGAAAGAUGUGUCCUCCACGGGUACCGGGCUAUAUAGCUCAGAGCAGAAGCGCGGCAGUGUUCAUGACGCCAUUCCACCAUGGCUGGAACAAAUGUACAUAGACCAGGAGCGGAUAGUGGCUUAAUCUAAUUCUAUGCCAUGAGAUUAAUCCAAAGUUAAUUCUUUUCGGAUUCUUAUCAAAAUAUUGGAUAUAUUUUAGCCAUUAGUUUCAAGAUAAUAGCAAGAAUACCCCUGUUACUUGGGGAGAGAGUUGGAUAGGAAGAGUGACUGAUCACAUUGUUUCAACAAUUAAGUGAUUGAAGAAAGAAGCAUUUGUUAUUAACUCAAUGUAAUUUUUUCAUAUUCUUAUAUUUUUUACAAUAAGAUUCCUUUGGGAUUUUGUUCUCUAUAUUCUUCAA